GUCCUCCCAAGUCCUCCUUUCUUCAUGGAUGAGAUGAGCAACAAGGUGGUCGGAAGAGUGGGUCCUUACCACGAUGGAGACACCUUAGUUCUGCGCUGUCUGGUCAUUGGAGGUCGUCCACCGCCUCGCAUAAGCUGGUACUCCGGCGACACGCUCGUGGAUGCUUCAGAUGGUGACAGCGAGAUCCCAGCAGUGAGAGAAAAUGAGCUCUAUCUUCCUUUGACGAGAGACAAUGCAGCUGCCCUCUCUUGUCGAGCCUCUAACACACACCUAGCGCCACCUAUCGUAGCUAGCUUGGAGAUUGAAUUGUAUUUACCAGCGUUUAAUGUGUCGAUCCACUGGGUGCGUGGCACAGUGGGUGACGCCCUCCGCGCUGGUAGUGUUGCGCUUGCGCAGUGCACGGCGCGGGGUUCCUAUCCGCAGCCAGAACUGUCCUGGUGGCUCGACCACAAGCACCUCACACAUCAUAGUAAUCAGACAUGGUUCAAUUCAUCUCUGACAGCGAUAUCGUACCUCGAGCUGAGCCCAGCGGUCGGUGACAAUGGCGCUACCCUCGCUUGUGUCGCAACCAAUCCAGUAAUGGCACCCAACCGAGGCUCCAAGGCCGAUGUCAUAACACUUAAUGUUACAUAUAGCCCAAUGGUAGACGUGAUAAAAUUGGGCGAUGGUAAUUUAAACGAUGUUGUGGAAUUGGAUUCUCUACAAUUAGAGUGUGACGUCAGAGCCAACCCACCGGUUGAACAAUUUACUUGGUAUUUUAACGAUAUAGAGAUAAGGCCUGGCGGUAUAUGGGGUGAUGCGACGUCGUCACACCAACUCCUGGUGGAAGAGACGACGCGUGCGCACGCCGGCCGGUACGCAUGCGCCGCGCGUAACGCCAUAGGAGAGACCAGAUCUGAGACCAUCGUUAUUACUGUUUUCUACCCACCGGAAUGCACGGGCCACGGGAUAAGGCUUGUCAGAGAGACGAUGCACUGCAUUGUCAAGGCUUUACCAGCUCCAGACACUUACUUCUGGCACUUACAACCUGCGGGCUUCGAGGUCCAGCAUUUAACAACAGGGUCCCCUAUAUUACCGUUGGAUCAGAUCACGGGACCUUUAGCGGAGACCUUGAAGGCCAGUUGUGAAGCUAGCAAUGGUGUGGCGUCCCAGGAAGAGCCCUGCGAUAGGAUAUUUGGCUUCGAACACUUGAGGCCUCCUCAGCCUCAGCUAUGCGAUAUCACGUAUGAGUUUGGGGAGUUCCAGAUGAGGUGUAUUCCAGUGGAAAACGCAACCUACUAUGAAGUAUCAGUAUGGAGGAUAUCGGAAAGUAACUCAACUUUAGUAUUGGAGCGUCGAGCCAGUAUGGGGUUUGGUAGUGGACGAGCUCUAGCGGCUGGUGGGCCUGGGUCUGGUGCACCCAGCAGCGCUUUAGCUGGUGGUCUAGCUGUUCGAGCUGGGCUUGGUGCCGUCAGAAGAGGCGAUGAAGCUGGUGCAAGAGCUUGCAAUAGAUAUGGAUGCUCAGCGCCCCUGCUUCUCCGCCCUACAGAUACCUUGUUACACGCUGCCGAUCCACCUUGGUGGCAUUUUUUCCUAGACAGAGACGUGGGCAUAUCACUGGGUGCCAUGGUACUGGUGGCAGUAUUCAUCAUAUCCUCAGUGCUGGUGAUCCGGCUGGCGCGGAGACCGCGCUCCAAACCGCAGCCCGUCAUACAGGUGCUGCAGCUCGAUGAUGUAGCUAGGAACUAUCUGGAUAAUAUUGGAGAGCACAAAGUGCACGCAUCAUGCAGCCUACGGUCCUGCAGUAGCGGCUACUCUGACGCGUCAGGCGAGUCAGCGCCACCUGUCGAGCGGCGCCGCAAACCUGCCUGGGACCGCUGGGAACCUCCCCCUCCCGACGUCACCCUCACAUUACACAGAGAAAGUGCUGUUUGAACUACGACUGAUUAAAAACAUGGCUUCUGACUUGUAACCUUUCGAGGAAAAAAAUAUUUUCAUUUUUAACACAAAUUACUUAUUGGUUAUUUGUACGAUUACGUUAAACGUAUGUAUGCGCAAAAAAUGUAAUUAUUAGAAAAUUGAUUGUAUAUAAUUUCUAAUUACCUACUGGUAUGAAAAACUUCUAUAGUUCGUUCCAUAAUUAGAGACAACGAUUUGACAUUUCGAGUGUUGCAUGUUUUUUCCAUUUCAUAAAUAGUGAAGUCCCGCGACCGGUAUUGACCGAAAGACCGAAAUUAAAUUCUGGACUUCGUGCAUUUUAAAAGCUUUAUUAUUUUUAGCUACUUUCCCUGGUAGCUUCCUGUGCCCAUACUAACUCAGUCGGGUUAAAAUCAUAAUGGUAAGGAGGCAACCGUAAAAUAGUGACCCACCUUUUAGCAGCCAUCAGUCCACGACGUAUCGUUCAUAAUUACUCUUCUUUUUCCGG